AAUAUUCCGUAUGAUUCUAUUUAAUAUUUUGCAUAGUAACACGCUCCUUCUCGUCUCUUAUUGGCAAUUUGAUCGUGUCACUCAAACCUGCAGGCCUCCGUAGGACACGCCCCGCUUUUAUCCAAAUGAGGAAGAAGUUGAAUUAAAAGUGAAACAAUGUACCGUUAGAGAUACACAGAUCCGGGAGCGUGUACACAACAAAGAAAUGCCCGUUCUCAGCUGAAAACCAUGUUUUACUGUCGAUUUCUGCUGUUUUUUUGUUUUUAUGUGUUAUGUUGCUACGCUGCGUUCCGCGUUAACGCAACGUCUCCUCCGAGAAAUGCGAAAUCUUCUGAUAAUCUGCAGCACAUAGACUCUGCAGGUAGCACCAGAUACAAAGGAAGGUCCACUGAAGGUCUGGAGGGGUUUGAACCUGGGGAUGUUGCUCCUGAUUUCCAGGUGCACACUCUGGACGGAGUGUUUAUUUACAGUCCUCAGAACGACUCGAGCAGUGCGCUCAUCGUGCACGCGUUCACCAAUAAAUCCGCCUUUCUGGAGUGUCUGUGGACGUGGAGCGAGUCUCUGUCAGACCUGCUGAAAUAUCUGCCGUCCAACACUGAAGUCCUGCUGCUGUCCCUGGACGACACUGCGCCGCAGGACGCCCUCUGGAUGAGAGAACAGGUGUACAACGCCGCAGCGCAUGGAGGAAAAGAGAUCUUGUCCAGAAUGCAUUUCUCUCCUACUCCUGUGUUUGCGCUGGGUAACUGGUUACCCAGAGUUCUGUACUCAUGGGGAUGUGGUGGACAGAACUGCGGCCUCGCUCAGGUGCUUUUCUCCUCUCCAGACUGGAGUGCACCGGUGAUCGCCAAGCGUCUCAAUGCCCGAUACGACUGGCUGAAUGGACGCUGGGGUACAGAUCCUUACAGACUGCUGGAUGCAGGUGAUGGUUGUGAACCUGUAGCAUCUGUCAAAGGUGCAGUCGCGUGGGUAUCUGAGGGUGGCUGCUCUUUCUUCACAAAGAUAAAAAACAUGGCUGAAUCUAACGCUACCGGAGUGCUGGUGUAUGCAUUACCUGGGAAUCCCAUACAGGACAUGAACUGCUUAGGAGACGAUUGUUCCACCUCCAUCAACAUACCUGCGUCUAUGGUCCAUAUCGAACCAUCUGUCAUGCAAGCACUGCGAAAGGGGCGCCCUGUGAACGUGACGUUCCAGGUCACACCUUCUCCAAACUUCUUCUUCGCGAUCAACCAGAAGGGGGCGCUGUCUGAGAUGGGCUGGUUUCUCUACCCCACCUUUAGAUUCAUUGCCUGGCAGGCUGAGUGGUUCACAUUCAAUGAGGCUCUGCAGGAGCAGCUGAGUCAGCCUGCUGUUAUAGUGCCUGUGUUUGAUCGUCAUCUGAUGCAGGGAGAGACGGGCGCUCAAGCAGUGGUGGAUCUGCCUGGAGAUUACAUGGAUUAUGAUAUUCUGGAAUUGGACGCCUCCCUGUCCUGUCCCGGCCGCAGGGACGAGACAUGUGCUCACUGGGAUCACACCGUACAGCUGUACGUUUGCUGCGAUCGCACCAGCCCAUACUGCAACGUGGAGCUUGGGCGCUGGAUAACAGCCUUCCGCAGAGGCACAGGUCACUGGCUGACGGAUGUUUCUCCUUUGAUUCCCCUGCUAAAUGACAAGAAAUGUGUCUUCACCAUGAAGACUGUGCCAUGGGCCAUGCCAUGGAUGACGUCUCUCAAUCUACGCUUUAGUCACAGCAACCAGACAGGUAAUUACUCAGACAGACUGUACCCUUUCAAGGUAAUGUCACUGUUCCCUGGGGGGACGUUUGACAAGGACUAUAACAGCAGAUACCAGGAGAUCAAGUUCACUCUUCCAGCUUCAACAAAGAAGGUGGAGUUGUAUGCCAUUAUCACGGCUCACGGGUCUGACGAGAACUUCUGCGGUGAAUUUUGUGUGACAUCACAUAAUUUCCUGAUCAACAGAUCCAUCAAUAACACCCUCGUGUUUGAGUCAGCUGGAACACCUCUGGGCUGUGCCAUGCGGGUACCUGAAGGAGCGGUGCCCAAUGAACACGGGACCUGGUUGUACGGCCGCGCUGGCUGGUGCGACGGGCUCCAGGUGGAUCCAUGGAGGACCGACAUCACCUCCCAGCUGGACUUGAGUGGAACCAAUUCUGUCCUUUACUUUGGACUCUUUGAAGGACGCAAUCCAGAUCCAAAGACUAAUCCGGGGUACAUUAUUAUGUACUCCUUUCUAGUGUUUUAUAAAUGAUUUACAGACAGAAAAUUCAGCAGAAAUAUUUUUUUUUUUUUUUUUUGCACCAAAACUCAUCAUUUUCCUCCAUUCAAAAUCAUUUGGUAUUUCCUAAUGCUGCUUAUUUUUGAAAGGUAUUUUUGUUUAUAAAUGCUUUCUGACAUAAUUACAUUUAUCAGCAUUUUUAAAGCAGUUGACUUUAAAGUCACACAUAAAGUAAAUUGACAGAUCUUUUUUCAAAUAAAUUUGUCUUGAGAGAUACACAUCAGUCUCUGUUAUAUCAUUUAUUUGCAUUACUAGCUGUGUGUACUAAAUCACUGACCUAGUAAGCUGCAUAUUUAGGCAGCAUUUUAAGGCAUCAUAGGUGCUCUUAAUGCAAAGUCUGGUCCAAAAGGUAGGAAUUAUGAUGUUUUCUAAGAUAUUGUACCUUUUUUUUUUUUUUUUGCUCUCAUUUGUGAAGAAAGAAGUCCCAUAAUGCAAUCCAAAGAUCUCAGUAAAAAUACUGGAAGUAUCUUGAAAUCUAAAUCCAUUUGAGUUGAUGUUGGCUUAGUAGGCAGCUUACUAGACCUAGGAACAUUGUUUCACAUGGUGCUCUUUAGUAAAAACUGUCAUCAGUCAUUCUUCUAAAGUCUUGCUACUCUGAAGUUCUUUUCUUUUCUUCUGUGUGACGAUUAUGUGCAAUUACACACAUCUCCUGUAGCUUCUUAACUUCAAAUGGAAGGAGGACCAGCAAAUCUUUAUCUUCAUUCUUGAGUGCUUUUCACUUUCAAGGAGCUUUAAGUCCCUGAUUUUGUGGACCGACCCUUUGUCACACAGAGAUCAUUCUUGCCCAGCUACACUAGUUUCCACACUUGAGCUCUUGUCCAAUUUUAGGUGAUCUUCUAUAAAACGAAGCAUUAUAACAGUUACCGUGUUCUGUAAUUGAAAUGCACUUCAUAUGAUGGCUGCACACAAUAGAACAGAACCGAAAACUCUUGUUUUUGUCAAAAUUUGGAUUCUGUAAAAUUCACUACAUCAUUUUGAGAAACAAAAACAUUGUGAAUGAUUAAAUUCUUGUUUUGUAGUAAAUAGAGCUUUUUGAAUUGAAUAACUCAUGCAUGUAGGUUAAGGUUCAUGGAACCGCUAUCAAGACAGUUGAGGCCUGUGAUGUCAGUUACAGCAAAUAAAAGUUGUAUGUGGCGA